CUUUUUCCAGCACUCCACCUCUUCGUCUCAUUCUCUUCUGUAUAGAAAUUCCAUCUAAAUUCACAGCUAUUGCCCUGUGAUUCCCUCUGUUCCCAUUGACUUCAACCUCCAACCACCAGUUCCCUCGCUCUUCCUCUUCUCACGUCAUCCACAUAAUUCGCCCCAGUGCGCAAAGACCUCAAGCCUCCAUAGCUCGAAUUUUUGGAGGCCAGUCCGUCGCGACAUAUCAGUAGACCACCGCGCAGCUCCGGCUGCAAGAAUCAACUUUAAAUGGCCUCUCCAGACCGUGUUCCCGGCGAGGAAUAUGACUAUGAGGCGCUUCCUUCGAAUUACUCCCUCGGGCAUAAUAUGAUAGCCGGUGCUUUCGCUGGUAUUGCGGAACACUCUGUUAUGUAUCCAGUCGAUCUCCUGAAGACUCGAAUGCAAGUUUUGAACCCUUCUGCUGGAGGAUUGUAUACAGGUCUUAGCAAUGCGUUUACUACGAUUUCGCGGGUUGAAGGCUGGAGGACACUUUGGAAGGGUGUAUCGAGCGUCAUUGUCGGCGCUGGCCCUGCUCAUGCUGUCUAUUUCGGCACUUAUGAAGUAGUUAAGGACCUUGCCGGAGGUAAUGUUGGAGAUGGCCACCAUCCAUUCGCUGCAGGCUUGAGUGGAGCAUGCGCAACUAUUACAAGUGACGCAUUGAUGAAUCCCUUUGACGUCAUCAAACAACGGAUGCAAGUCCAUGGCUCUACGCACAAGACCAUCUGGCAAUGUGCCACAACUGUCUAUCGGGCCGAAGGAAUGCGCGCUUUCUACGUAUCUUAUCCGACAACAUUGUGCAUGACAAUUCCUUUCACUGCUACUCAAUUUAUCGCAUACGAAUCCACGUCGAAGAUAAUGAAUCCGUCCAAGAAAUAUGACCCCCUCACCCACUGUGUUGCUGGCGCUUUAGCUGGAGCAGUUGCAGCAGCGGUUACAACACCUCUCGAUGUUAUCAAGACCGUACUACAAACACGAGGACUCGCAAAGGACGACGAAGUUCGAACCGCUCGCGGUUUAUUCAACGCAGCUGCCAUUAUCAAGAAACAGUACGGCUGGUCUGGGUUUUUCCGUGGAAUGCGACCUAGAAUCAUCGCCACAAUGCCAAGCACUGCUAUUUGCUGGAGUUCAUACGAAAUGGCCAAAGCAUAUUUCAAGAGACACUACGGCGACUCUGCCGCCUAGACGUUGGUAUACCCCCACGCUUUCAGUGCCUCUUCCUUUAUUGUGCAUAUGUUCUGUAUCGAAACAUGUGCACUAGAUUAUUCCCUUUAAUAAUGCGGCAGAUUUCUAUCCUUUGCUGGAUGAAAAAGUAUGGAACGGUUUCUCCUGGGUUUAGAUUUUAUAAUUUCACACUUGUCGUUUUUUUACAUCUUGAGUUGGGCGUCCAGUGGCAGAGAGGCUUUGUGUGCACCAGAGCAUUUCCUUUCCAUUCCCUAUCCCCUCGUCAGCUGGAAAUACAUAGGAACGAUUGAGCGGAAAUUUCUCGCUUUCACUGUUCAAAGCACAUAAAUCCAUCAGAUUUGCUCUUAUUGGUUGGAUCCAGUUCUAUCCGGUUGGAUUUUCUUUUGUUUUCUCUGCUUUAUUUUCUUCCUUUCGGCUAUGCGUGCGACUUCAGCCAGUACGCCAUCAAUUAAAUGUGCCAGUUUACCGGUCUUGCGGGGGUAACGCAUCCUAGGAAACCCGAUGCCAGAUGGCGGGACGACGUACCGUUGCGUGAAAAUCAUUUCGUUGGGAAUGGGUCCUGUCUCGGGUAUACCCUUACAACUUCUGUCCGUAUGUCUUACAUUUGUAAGAUUCCGAUCGUGGGAGUAUUCCCGUGACGUCCAGGUUUGCAAGAGUCUCAAAUAUAAUAAAUGGAUUAUUCGCUUGAGCGCGGUGCAGAUACACAUGCGAACCCAUUUGGGAUUGAAGAAUAUUAGGAGAUGGGACAUUGGCUGGGCGGUAGGCCCUGUACUUAGCGGCGGGAACACGGAGCUCAACGUGGACGAGCUACUCUUAACCCGACGAGGGCCUCGUCAUUUGCUACAAAGGCAUGGAUACGUUCGGGAGCAUUUGGACUCGCGACGUUCAUGAUUCAGCCCCAAGGUGGCAGUGUGUACCCGGUUUGAAUAUAUGAGGAAAUCUAAUAGUAAAAGAUAGGCGCGAAUAAAUAAUCUUGACGCCUUAGAA